UUGUGUAUAUAAACUCAAUAAAGUUAAGGAAUUGAUAUCAGUUCAAUACGUUCUGCAAACUAAAACACAACAAACCCCCAACAAUUCAAAAUGUUCAAAUUUUUCGCUUUGUGCUUGAUGGCCGUUGUUGCCUUGGCUGCUGCUAAACCCGGCAUUGUUGCUCCCUUGGCUUAUACCGCUCCCUAUGUAGCUGCUGCCCCAUACACAGCUGCAUACACAGCCGCCUAUACCGCCCCAUACACUGCCGCAUAUACCGCUCCUUACUACUCUGCUGCCUAUACUGCUCCCUAUGUUGCCGCUCCUUAUGCCAGCGCAUACACUUAUCCUUAUGCUGCUUCCUAUUUGUUGCGUAAAUAGAUUUCAAUUUAAGGAUUUGAAGAUUUGAACCG